AUGGGUGAACUCAACCGACAAUGUUUUCUUCCUACCUACGAGCGCAAGGUAUCCAAAAUGCUCGUCGAGAACGAGAACAGAUUUCUCGGUGGACUUGAGCUUCUUUAUGGAUCAUGGUCCUACGACAACCCAAAGUUUGGGUGGACCAUCGAGGGCGAUCAGUAUGUCGUCAAGGUCAUGGCUGAAGAGCCAAAAGACUUGGAGGCCCAGUUGAAGUUGAUGGGACCUGUCACUGUCGACGUGACACUAACAUGGCGCAGGGUUGUUAUCACAAUUACUAUGGGUAUUUACGAAACAUCUGGCAGUACGAUUUAUCGCAAACGCCAGCAGCUUCUGAAAGCAUAUGCAUCAGGCUCUGGCUCGGAAGGUCUCUCAUGCAGCAACCAAAGCACACCGAAUCACAUGAAGACAACCGAAGUCGCUGUCACCCGCGAAUCGAUACACGAACCAGAAGCAGUACAGUUACAAACUUGGGUCAUCAAGCAUCAGUCCGUGUUCACAAGCCAACAAUUACGGGCAACAAUGGUUGUGCAAGCAUAG